CAAAUUUCCGCCGCAACUAAUCGUGACGUUUGCUCCUGUAGUCACGUGAUUUUAAACAUGGCUGCGCACUGCUGAAAGUCAUGCGAUAGCUCUUGGAUAUCAUUUCUUAUCUUCAUCUUUUUCAGUUGUUAUUUAUUCCCAGUUAUAUAAACGUUUGUCUUGAUAUAUACUGCCAACAAUAUUGUCAUGGACCCCGCCGGACAGCUACGAAAUUUGCGGGACUUCCUCCUCGUUUACAAUCGCAUGACGGAAAUCUGCUUCCAGCGAUGCACAAGCAAUUUCAACUACAGAAAUCUGACGAUGGAUGAGGAGCGAUGUGCUGACAGUUGUGCUGGCAAAUUAAUAAGGACCAAUCACCGUUUGAUGGGCACAUAUGUGCAGCUGAUGCCCGCAAUGGUGCAGAAGCGAAUGCAGGAGAUGGAGAGCAAAGCUGCAGAAAUGGCAAAAGCUGAAGCUGCAGCACAAGGAGGUGCCUCAUCAUUAGAAAAUCCAUCUACUGCCAUAACAGCAACAACGCCAAUGCUUGAGAGCCCAGAGAUACUUUCAGUUUCUAAUAAUCCAUCAGAUAUAAAGACAAAUGUCUUAGCUUUUGGACAAACACAAUCAUUGACAGAUGUGCCCACAGUACAAAACAAUUCACAAACCUUUAUAAAUGAGUCUUUAGAAGGACUAGCACCAUCACCAGAGAUCCCAACAUCUUUUAGUGAACCUAAAAAAGAUGGAGGUCCCGUCUUGAGUGCAGUAGAAAAAUACAAUCUGAAUAACAGCAGUGUAACAACUACAUCAAUUCCAGGAACAUGGUCUGAAGGGGGAGCAGGACCGAGCCCCCAAAAUCCAUCUUGAUCUGUGUCUUUUAAUAAAAGUGCAUCAUGAAAAGAUCA